AUUACGGCCUUAUUUUGGCUCUCCAUCUGCUUCCUGAGUUCCAAAAAGAAUAGAAAGUACCCUUCAGAUAAUCGUCGACUUGAUCACCUCACCCACCAUCCCGCUCACCGACCAUUACCAAAGAUCGCGCACUUCUGAAACCAGCGAAUGAGACCUUAUAUUUGUGCGGCUUGAUGGGGACCCUGACCUGAUCACGAAGUAUGGAGAGUAUAAAGGGUAGGCUCUUUUACAUGGAUGAGCUUUAUAUCGAGAAUUUUAAGAAGUUGGCGAUGACCAGACACUUGGGUGACAACAUGACGUCUGUGCUCAUAGCUAUAGCCUUAUUUGGGCUCACAGUCUACUUCCUGACAUCUAGAAAGAGGAGAAAUACCCCUCCAGCAAUCCGUGGUAGGCUACCUAUUCUUGGAAACAUAUUGCAGUUCAGAGGAGCGCAACCUUUUUAUAUACUUACCAAAUGGGCAGAGAAGUAUGGUCCCAUCUACACGCUCAGAAUCGGAGCAAUAAAUGCUGUGGUGCUCACUUCAGGUGACCUUGCCAAGGAGGCCUUGGUUACGAAAUAUGGUUCUUUUCCCAGUAAGCAUAUGACUACAGCUUUAACAAUUGCGACUCAGGAUAAGAAAAUGCUCCCAACAUUGGACUAUGGACCACAUUACAAUGCUCUAAAGCGGCACAUGGUCACUCACCUGUUGGGUCCUAUUCCACAGAAAGAGAAUCGAGUGCUCCGACAUGAAUUAAUAAUCAGAAUGAUAAAUGGCAUGUUUGAAGAUAUGCCAAGCGAUGGAAGGGUCGUAAAUAUGAGUGCCAUUGUAAACAACCUUCUCUUUGAACUUGCGCUCCGCCAGGUCUUAGGAUUUGCCCCUAAAGAGAUGUAUGUGGCCGAACUUGGCUUUCUUAACCGAGAGCAAAUCUAUAAGAUCUUAGUACAAGACCUUCUCGAACUAGGUCUCCAAUUCGACUGGAGAAACUAUUGGCCGAUGUUGAGUUGGGUGCCAAAUAAAAAAAAGGAGAACAUAUGGAAUGAGACAGCUAGGAGGAGGGAUUUGGUUUGUGAAGAAUUGUGGAAGAUGUACAAAAAACAAUUCGCUCUGACGGGACCUACAGGAUGCUAUGCUGACAAUAUCAAUGAAGAUGAUGAAACCUUCAAGAUAAAAGAGAAUUUGAUUCCUAUGAUUAUAUGGGAACUCGUCCUCGAAAGUGUUGACACUGUCUCCGUUGCUAGCGAGUGGAUAAUAUAUGAGCUGGCCAGGAACCCGCAGGUGCAGGAGCGGCUCUAUCAAGAGAUAAAGAGCGUCGCAGGCGAUCGGAUGGUGAACGAAGACGAUAUGCGAAAUCUACCAUAUCUAGAUGCCAUCAUCAAAGAGACUUUGAGAGUGUACAACCCUGUCCCUGUAUUGAUUCCACGAAUCCCUGCUGAAGAUAUAACUCUUGGCGGCUACGACAUCCCGAAGGGCUGGGAUGUUAUUGUCAAUCAGUGGGGCAUUGGAAGGGAUAAAACGCGAUGGCCAGACGCAGAUGUUUGGGACCCUGAACGCUGCCUGCGUGACUCAAGCAUAGAUUUGGGAAUCAAAGAUUUCAAAAUCACACCGUUCGGAGGAGGGAAGCGCAUGUGCCCUGGCAUCCAGCAGGGAGUGUCAAUGAUUUCACUCGAGGUUUGCGGUAUUGUGCAACACUUUGAAUUUUCCUUUCCUCCUAAUGAAGGAAACACUGAUGCGGAAAUUAGCAUGGUGACAUUCACCACACGCAAAGCUACUCCUAUGCUCGCAUAUAUCAAAGCCCGCGUGAAAAAUAUUUUGCCAGCUUAAACUUUUGUGAGCUUGUGGUUGCGUAGCUAUUUAAAGACCUGCUCGAACACCUGUUUAUAAACCUGCUCUUAGUCUUAUGUACGGUAUAAUAUGUCGUCUGACUUUGGUAUAAUAUGUCAUGAUAAUCUCCACUCCAACCCAGAAUCAUCUUACAAAUAUGUAAGGUAAAUUUCUCCGAUCUGUACAUUACUAUGUGUUACGUAUUUCAGAAUGUAAAUGG